GUCAAGAUGAAUGAAUGCAGCGAACCUCCACACAAGCUGAGUGUGUUUAAUGAGCUCCGUCUGAAUGGAGAAUUCUGUGAUGCCGUCAUCAAAGUCGAGGACGUUGCAUUUCAAAUCCACAAGGUCAUCCUGUGUAACUGCACACCGUAUUUCCGGUCAGUUUGUUCUCUGUUCUCGCACUGCUCUGACCCUCUGGUCAUCAACAUAGCAGGCCUGUCUCCUGACAUGAUGCAGCUCAUCAUUGACUUUGCGUACACCGGCUCCGUUUCCGUUACCAAGGACAACGUCCAGGAUCUCCUGCUGGCAGCCGACCAGCUCAACGUGAUGGGCGUCAUUCAGGCCUGCUGCAGCUUCCUUGGGGAGCAGCUCUGCCCACAGAACUGCAUCGGUAUCUGGCGCUUCACAAACAUCUGCGUCUCCCCUGAACUGCAGCACAAAGCUCACCACUGCAUCACCGAUCGUUUUGAGGAGGUUGUUUCCUGUGAGGAGUUCCUGCAGCUCUCUGCGCAGGAACUCGCCGACAUCCUGGACAGAGACGACCUCAACGUGAGACGGGAGAGAUGUGUGUUCGAGGCCGUGAUGAGGUGGAUCGACCACGAGCCUGAAGAACGACAACGACACCUUGCUGCUCUCUUGUCUAAGGUCCGACUGGCUCUGAUGACGAUGGACGACAUCAGGAUCACUGUGCUGUCCAAUGAGCUGGUGCAGAACAACGCUGAGUGCAUGACUUUAGUAAAUGAUGCCAUCGCAAUUCUACCCAAUCAGCACAGGUACUACAACUGUCCUGCGCGUCCUCGCCUGCCUAAUGCCAUCCUGUUUGCCACUGGGGGCUUCAGUGGUGACGAUCUAACUCACGUCACUGAGGUGUACAAUGUCCGGACUGAUGACUGGAUCACGGUGACGGACAGUCUGCAGCAUCCUCAUGCCUACCAUGGAACCGUCUUUCUCAACGGGUACAUCUACUGCAUUGGAGGCCGUGACAGGAUGGAGAAGUUCAACAGCGUGUGCAGGUUUGACUUGAGAGCUCACACCUGGCAAGAGGUGGCACCUAUGUACUUCCGCCGCUGCUACGUGAGCGUCACUGUGCUGAAUGGCAUCAUCUACGCCAUGGGAGGCUUUGAUGGACACGAUCGACUCAGCACUGCAGAGUGCUACCAACCUGAAACCAACCAGUGGAGUGUUAUUGCAUCGAUGCACGAGCAGAGGAGCGACGCCAGCUGCACGGCACUCCACGAAAAGAUUUACAUUUGUGGUGGAUUGAAUGGGUUCGAGUGCCUUCAAACAGCAGAGUGUUACAACCCAAAGACCAACCAGUGGACAGUGAUCGCUCCCAUGAACUUCCGGCGCAGUGGAACAGGGGUCGUCACAUACGCAGAUCACAUCUACGCAGUUGGUGGCUUUGAUGGCAGCUCCCGUCUGCGCAGCGCUGAGGCCUACAACCCUCAGACCGAUGCUUGGACCACGGUGUCCUCCAUGAUAACACCCCGCAGCAACUUUGGCAUCGAAGUGAUUGACAGCCGGAUUUUUGUCGUCGGGGGCUAUAGCGGCACCACCACCACUUUUAAUGUCGAAUGCUACGACGCGACAAAGAACCAGUGGUCUCAGGCCUGUGACAUGGACGUCUCUCGCAGCGCCCUGAGCUGCUGUGUGGUGUCUGGACUCCCCAACAUCGCUGAAUACGCCACCCCACGUGAAGUCCUGCCGCUUUCACACUUCGAGGAAGAUGCAAUGGAGUCAGACGACUUCAUCCCAAUCUUUUAGUACAGUUCUGCCACCAUUCAACACUGGCAAGACUGUAGCAUAAACAUAAAUAAAUAUUUUUCUUAGCACAACAAACUAUUGUUGAACUGAACAUCUGUACACAAAACUAUUAUUCUGACUUUUUAGCUUGUGUAAGACUUUUUUUUGUUCCAUGAAAAGAGUGUGGUGUCCAACAGGCAGACGCAGGAUCUGAUCCAGAACAUGCCACAGCAACAAUCAUCCUUUUCAGUUUAAAAACAAGACCUGUGCUGCUCUC